AUGUCGUUGGUCACAAAUCUCGGAUCGUCGUUACGGACAGCGACUAGCAGCAUCAGCAUUGCGUCUGGUCCUUCUUGCUCGUCGACAGCUGCUAGAGCCUUUUCCAUCUCCGUACGGGUCAACGCCAAGCCCAGGAAGCAGCGCAAUGCAGAUGACCCCAUGUCACUGCGCAGGAUGCCCAAGUUCAACUAUGACGAUGUGCCCUCGCUCGGUCACCAGAUCUUGCAGCGCAAACGCGAGUUGCUCAAGGUGAUGCGAACGGUCGAGUUUGAAAUCCCGAAACUUGCCAAGUUCCGUCAAGCCUACACUCCGCCAAAGCCGGAACAGUGCUUGCAAUUCCGAUUCCAGCACUACCAGGGAGAAAACCACCCAGCUUCGCGAAAAGUGGUGCUUACCGUCAACGUCGAUGAACUCGUCAAGGUGGGUGCGGUGAAAGACACACCGUCAAAGCACAAGCUGCUACUACUAGCGGGUAGCAGAUUUCAUCCGAAAUCCAACGCCGCAGCGAAGCAGGGCGAGGGGGUGAUCAAGAUCUCAUGCGAACUGUUCCCCAACGAAAGGCAGAACAUGAAGUGGUGCUCGGAUACGCUUGAUGCGCUCGUGAAGGAGGCGAAUGUGAGGACAAAGGAGGUGGAUGAUUUGCCUCUGGAUCUGAGGCCUUUCUUGGUCAGACAGGAUAAGAAGCGACACUACCUGAGGGCGGAUCGACCUUCGUUGAAGGACUUCCCUAAGGAGUGGUUGUGA